AUGGCCAGUAGGAUGACUGAGAGGCCCGCAGAAAAGGUGAGAGGACCUGAGAGGGUUGUUGAGAAAGAGGUAGACCCGAAAAAGGUAGUUGAGAAGGUGGUUGAACCAGAGGAAGAGAAAGUAGAAGUACCGGUUGAAGUGUAUGAGCCCGUUCCUCCAUACCCUAUGAGACUUUUGAACAAGAAGCAAAUUGCUCAGUAUAAUGGGUUUUUGGAGAUGAUCAAAAAGCUCCACGUAGACAUUCCCUUCCUUGAGGCUUUGGCUAAAAUGCCUAAAUUUGCCAAGUUUCUCAAGAGACUCUUGCUCAAUAAGAAGAAAAUUGAGGAUCUUUCGAUUAUUACAUUGAGUGAGGAAUGUUCUGCGAUGAUCUCAAACAAACUUCCCGGAAAGAUGCCAGAUCUGAGAAGUUUCACCAUUCCUUAUGAGAUAGAGGGUUAUGAGUUUAGGACUGCUUUGGCCGACCUAGGAGCUAGUAUAAAUGUGAUGCCAUAUUCUGUGUUUAAGAAGCUUAAGCUAGGAGAGCCGACCCCGACCUACAUGAAUGUUCAACUCGCCGAUCAUUCAGUGAAAUUUCCUAGAGGUAUAGUUGAAAACGUGCUAGUAAAAGCAGGUAAGUUUGUGUUUUCUACUGAUUUUGUUGUUCUAGACAUGGGCGAGGAUCCUAGUCGACACUCUUGUGUUUCACUCAUCUUAGGUCGUCUAUUCCUUUCUACCGCGAAAGCUAUAAUAGAUGUUCAUGGCCGGCCAAUUCAGUUUGUUGUUUCCUAA